ACUGUGCAUCUCCAUCCUCCUCUUGCAUUCCACCGGGAGCCCCGCUUCAGCUGCUCUGUGUUGAUUCCAUUUCAUUUUCUCCCUUGGCUAUGAUACAGACAGGAGGAAAAGUCUUUUCUCCCCCAGCGCAGAGUUUUCGAAGCAUUACCUUGCUAUGCCCGGUGUCCUGGAAAAGCCAGAUGACAAUGAUGACGCAGGUGGAGUGAAGGCCCGAGGAGCUCAGUAGCUCCUGCUGGCUCCUCUGGCUUCUGAAAUUGGCUCCCAGGACAUGGAAUGAGCGUGCACACUGCCGUCUCCUCCUCCUCUUAUCUGCGUAGCAGAGAUCGGUUCUCAGCUGGCCGGGGGCAAUGUCAUUGAUACAGCUGGUGUCAUUGUUACCUUCCACGAACAGAUCACUCGACACCUACCGGCCCAGGCAGAGCUGGACCUGGGCAUUGCAGGCCUGGGCCCUCCCCAUUGUCCCAGAACCUCAAGUGAGGCCUUGAUGGAUGCAGGUGUUGCUGGGAUGCGGUGCUUGGUGACCCAACAGAAGGACUGAAUUUCGACUGGCGGCUGCUUUUCCCUGGAAGGUCUUGGCUGCCUGUUUGGCGCCUGCUGCCUGGUGUCUUUCGCUAUCCUGGGGCAGAGGAGAUGAAUUUACCCCCGGCUGGCUGCUGAGGCAGAGUGAUAUUGUUGCCCAGAGCAGGGGCACUGGGAGCGGCCCUGGAGUGAGUAGCAGCGGGAGGGGCAUCCUGCCUGGCGCAGCCUCCUGGGCUGGCGGCCGCCUGCGCGGUGCCUCGCAGGUGGCAUCAUGCUGCAGCAGAUCCUGCACGACAUGUACAUCGACCCCGAGCUGCUGGCCGAGCUCAGUGACGUGCAGAAGCACAUCCUCUUCUACAAGAUGCGAGAGGAGCAGCUGAGACGCUGGAGGGAGCGAGAAGCCGCGGAGGCCCUGGCCCAGGCCGAGGGCCUCAGGCCUCCUCAGGGCAAGCGAGCAGCCAGCGGCAAGCACAUCCAGUGGCUCCUGGGCGCUGAUGGCGAGGUCUGGGUCUGGAUCAUGGGAGAAGGCCCCGGCGACAAGCCCUAUGAAGACAUCUCUGAGGAGCUGAUUGCCGAGAGGGCGAGGCUGCAGGCCCAGAGGGAGGCUGAGGAGCUCUGGAGACAGAAGGAGGCAGAGAUCACCAAGAAGUUCCGGGAUGCUCUGGCCAAUGAGAAAGCCCGGAUCCUGGCGGAGAAGUGGAAAGUGGAGAUGGAAGACCGCAAGGCUGCCAAAGUCCUGGAGGAGCGCAUCCACGAGGAGUUCAAGAGGAAGGAGGAAGAGGAGAGGAAGCGAGGAGAAGAGCAGAUUCGCCUCCAGGAAGAGCAGAGGGCGAAGGAGCUCUACUGGACCCUGAAGCAGGCCCAGCUGCAUUGCCACCCCAGCGAGAAGGAGGAGCGCGAGUGGGAAGAGCAGUUGCGCAGGUCCAAGGCGGCAGAUGAAGAGAGGAGCCGCCGAGCCCAGCGUGCCCGGGACGAGUACCGACGCCACUCGCUCCGUGCCAUCCAGAAGGGCACCGUCGCUGGCCUCAGUUCCAUGUUCCAGGAGCUAGGCCAGAGCCACGAGCAGGAAGCCAGACUCUACGACCACCUCCCGGGCCCGGGCCCGCCUCUGUCGCUUGCUAUGCCUGUCCGAACUUGGGAGCGUCCACUGCGUCCUGUCUCCACGGAGAUCAUCGUCCGCUGGUUUAAGGAGGAGCAGCUGCCUCGCCGCGCUGGCUUCGAGAGAAACACCAAAUGCAUCGCCCCCUGGUUUCAUGGAAUCAUCAGCCGAGAAGAUGCGGAAGAUCUCCUGGAGAACAUGGCCGAGGGAGCGUUUCUGGUCAGGGUCAGUGAGAAGAUCUGGGGUUACACCCUCUCCUACCGCCUGCAGAAAGGGUUCAAGCACUUCCUUGUGGAUGCCUCUGGGGAUUUCUACAGCUUCCUGGGAGUGGACCCGAACCGCCACGCGACGCUCACGGAUCUCAUUGAUUUCCACAAGGAGGAGAUUAUCACUGUUUCAGGGGGAGAGUUGCUGCAGGAACCCUGUGGACAGAGGGACAGCCCACCAGACUAUCAUCUGUUAUUUGAAUGAUUUUUUUUUAACUUUAUCAAUUGGAUCCCUUUGGGCAUCCUUUUCUUUUCUUUUUUUUUUUUUUUAACUCAGCUUAAGAACUUAAGAACUUACCAGCUUGAUUCCUUAUGAUUCUGGAAGAUGCAGCACCCUCCAGAGGAACAAGCAGAUUUUUAUGACUCAAGGGAUAAGAAAUAUAUGGCAUAUGUGCUACUGACCCCUGCCCAGUGGUCAGGAGAGAAAUUGCUAAUAGUUGAUGCAACUCUUUCAUCAAGAGUUUAGCUAUGACCUCAUAUGACAAACUCUGUCAAGGCUAUCCUAAACUGAGUUCUUAGACUGCAUUGAUCAUAUUUUAAUAACCCCAAAAUUAUUCCAGUGCCGAACCCUACACGUAACAAAAUGUGUGUUGAAUGAAUGCACUUCGGAAAGUCUCUCAGCAUUAAUCAACAAUGGUUUCUAGUAAGUUAUUUCCUGCUUCUCACUUUUUAGAAGUCAUAGUGAUAACAAAAGAAAGAUUUGCGAAGGGUUUAAGUGGAGGACUGCGAUACUGAGUCUUUCAUGACGCUCAUUAUCAUUUACGUUGGAAUUCAGCCUUCUGAGUCCCAGCAUCUACGGCAGGUGAUUAAUGCUGCUCUGCUUUCCUUAUUUAACCCCUUCUUCUCCCCUCCUCUAACUUUGAAUCAUAUCUUGGCCCUGGUUUUGUAAUAGUGAGGCAGUGAUUCAUGUAUUCCUAUGGAUGUGUCCGAGACCUGGGUGAAUUAUAAAUCCGAGAAUGGUUCUAGAUGUCUGGCAAGGCCUCUGUUGCCUAGGAGUUGGCUCUCUUUGUACAGGUUACUCCAGCGACAAGCUCUGUCCUCACUGUCCUUUUGAUUUUGAGUCUACUGUCCACUUCAUCUGAUUAUGUUCUUCAUAGUAACAAAAUGACUUCCCUAAUAACUCCUCAAUCAAUAACUCUCAGGAUGGUGACUGUAUGUGCACACCGUGUUCCACCUUUAUAGCCAUACACACAGAGGCAGCAUAUUGUGAUAAGAAGAUUACAGGCUUUGGAAGACUUGGGUUCAAAUCCCCACCCUGGAAUUUCCUAGCAUUUAAUGCUUAUAGUGUUGUCCUGGUGAGAGUAAAAGGAUGGAUGGACUCUGAGGAUAUCAAGGAACUGGUUUGCCUGACUUGAUGAUCCACCCAGCUUCCACCACUAUAACCAGUUUUGCUCUGCUCUUCCUUACUGCAAUGCUUAGCAUCAUGUGAGCAUAAGUACACAUGGUGCCCUGGGCCUCUCUUUCCCUAUUGGUGCAGAGGCCCAAGACAAGAGGGGCUGGGAAGUUAAGGCCCUACAUGGUGGACCUCAGAUCAAUGGGAGACUGAGACUGGUUGGUCAGUUCAUCUCCCUUCUCCCUCCUGGAAGGUCAGUUCUGAGAGGCAGCUCUUCAUAGGGCCUCUUAGAAGAUGGCCUUGUAAGACAGAGCAACCAGUUAUGAUGAAACCCAGCAGUGGCCGGACUGCUAUGACGCUUCCCUGUUUGUUCUUUCUCCUUCCCUGCUGCCUACCCAUCCUGCCCCUUUCCUGUUCCUCUAGGGUUGCGCUCCUCAAUCAAGUAGCACUGUGCUUUGUCCGUGGUCUCUGCCUUCUGGGGAAGCAAGGGUAAGGACCCCUCCUACAAAUGUGUUCAACAAUAGCAGUUUGCAGGUCAGUGCUGAGGCUUCCCCCCUGUCUGCCUGUCUCACUGAAUGGAUGAAAUGAAGAGGUGGAGGGUACUUAUUUCUGGAAUCUUAAAGUGUUUUAAAGCCAUACCCAAUCAGUAUGAAAAUAAUCUGGUUUUUAUUGGGGAUUCAGAAGAACCGAGCUUUAGUCUUGGCUCUACUACUUACCAACUAUGUGGCUUUGUUUAAGUCAUUUGCCCUUACUAAACCUCAGUACAACUGAGAGGAGGAUUUUUUUGUAUGAACAUGGUUAGGUUUUUGGGCAGGCCAGUUAAAUCGGCAUUAUGAAAACUCUGUCCAAAUGAAAGGAAUUGCUAGCCACAACCACAAAUGCAGCAAAACUUUGUCAGGGAGUCGGAUGUGAUGAUUUUCAGGGUGUUGGAAGGAAUUUCAAGCAGCAGCUUUGAAAGCAGACCAGGUCCGUUGAGAAUCUGAAUCCCUGGGCUGUUGUUCCUGUCACCCACUAAUUAAUACGUGAGAGCCAGCAGCUCAGUUCUCCAUCCCUAACACAUUCAUUUCAUUUUAUUUGGGGCCAGCACUUUCUGCAUGUCUCAUAUAUUUUAGGUUUUA